CCUAGAUUGAAGAUUCUGUUUGAAGAUAUUAUUAUUGUUUCUCAUGUUUGCCACCUCUAUUGCCAGCCCGGGGUUGCCAAUAACAGUGGUGUAACCAAUCAUGGACUUCUAAUCACGUUGUUAGACAUGUUAGAAGCUUAAAUCUCCCGGGCUUUGAUAAGGGGGCGCGGUUUUUUGAACGAGUAUCAACUUUUGAAUUGAACUUCCGUUUAGGAAAUAUUAAAACAAAAACUUUCAGGCCAAGAUCUUCUAUUAUACUAACCAGAUUGUGAGCAUGGAAUGAAUAAACACUGCACUGUAAAACAGGACUAAGUUUAAACUGUGAAUGGAAUCUCUCUUUACAUAGACAAUGGCUCGUGUUUCAUUCAACCUCCCCUUCUUUGGACACUUACAGUUCAGUAAUGACAUAGGGGGUAUCCUUUGCUUUAGUGUCAUCCUAUCAUAUUGGAUCUAUGGUGUCUGGGUACACUUCUUCGUUGUUUUUAUACCUGCCAUACAGGAUGGAUAUCUCAACAUAUUUCAUCUUUUGCUCUAUCUCCUCAUUAGUUUCAUGACAAUUCUUUCAUUGUUCCGAGCUUCCACCAUGGACCCAGGGCGUGUCACAUAUAAGGCUGAUGCUGAUGAGUCCUGGCAAAUGUGUUUAAAAUGUAAUUUCAAGCGGCCUCCAAGAUCUCACCACUGUAGAGUAUGUGGCUAUUGUGUUGCUAGGAUGGACCAUCACUGUCCCUGGGUUAACAACUGUGUUGGGGACAAAAACCACUUUGCAUUCAUGCAACUGCUUUGUUACGCCAUGGCAAUGAGUAGUGUGUCACUUGCAUUAGACGUGUUAUACCUCUAUGAAUACAUAUCACCAUGUGUGCUUUGUGAUAAGGAGCUCUAUUAUAUUAAACACAGCCAUGGUUUUAUGGUGGUAGCUGUUUGGAUGUCUGCCAUUAUGGCAAUUGCUAUGAUUGGAAUGGCUGGUGGGCAGCAUAUCAAUAUACUCUUUGAUCGUACCACGAUUGAAAUGAUAGCUAACCCUUGGGGACCAUUGCCUGAUAGAAAACACGGCAUGAUGCGCAACUAUAAGGAUUUCUGUGGGCCUGGACCUGUAUACUCGUGGUUCUUUCCAUGUCGACGGAAAAUGACAAUGAUGGAGUUUGUUUAUGGACCGUCAUAUAGAGAUCCUGAUAAUAGGUUUAUGGUAUAAACAUUGUAAACCUUGCCUGAUCUCAAAAAAGUUUUUUCCCUUAUUUCAAUUUAUUUUUAUUCAAAGCAUGGUUCCCAUGACUGUUUAUCCAGGGUUUUACAUAUUUGUAUUAUGUACAUGAAAGUAUAUUUAGCUGGUACAUUUUAUACAUGGACAAAACACUCCAUUAAAGUGUAUUUUAGUGUAUUUAGCUGGUGCAUGAACAUUAUACAUUGCAUUAAAGUGUAUUUAUCUGGCACUGGACUUACUAUAAUUGAAGUCCAUUUAGCUGGUACAUGCUAGACACAGGGUGUUAUACGCGUACAUACACCCUACGCAGAUGGUGCUUGCAGAAAAUGUGAGAUAUCAUGCAUGUUCGGUGCGAAAUUAACGCUCAUUUUCGAAUUUGUAUUUGUGAUGUUUUAUAAUCUAAGCUGUCUUGGGAGUUGUACCAUGGCAAACAGUUCACCAAACAAAUUCAAAAAUUUAUGAAUCACACAACUAUUUACGCAGAAUUACUUUUUAUUAGGCUUUAUCUACACAUAUGUGAAUAUAAUUGAAUACCCAACACAUCUUGGUUUACAGAAUAUGAUGAAUUUGAAUUUUAAAAUGACUGUUAACUCUGCACCAUAUAUACCAGUACAUAUAUCCGCACCAAGGAUUUUCUGCAAGCAAGGUCUGUAUAGGGUGUAAAUAUGUAUUUUGAAAUUUGUGGAAGAUGUCCAGUACCCUUCAACU